AUGACUUCACGGUAUAGCGAUAUAUCCCUUAACACAGACAAAGAUUCAACAAGAAGGAACGUAUAUAACACUGAAGAAAACAAACCGGUAGAAAUGAAUACACAAACCCAUGAAAUACUUAGAAAUAAAUCGCAAGAGAAAAACACCCAAGUAGAAAAACUAAGUCAACAAGAAGGCGUAGAUGCACCAAAAGAAAAUAACGAUAAUGAAAAUGUUCGUCGUUUAAAAAAACGAAAUCAUAAACCUAAUUCUGAUCCAAGAAAUUUGCAAUCAUCUUCGAAAGGUACGUCCAUUAAGAAAAGUGGUCAACAAAAUAUCAACUAUCAAACCAAUUCAAGCAACAGAAACAUAUCUGAACAGAAACCUGCUUUACGGGAAAAUACAUAUCCUAUUCCAGGUCAGAUACCAAGUCAUCAAAAUACUGCUCAAACAAAUCUCCUAUCUCAAUCUGUCCCUAAUGAAGAUCUUUCUACUAACACUAAAACUCCACCAAAGCAUUCGACUGAAGAAACUUGUAAAGAACGAAGGGAAGACUCCAAGAACAAAAACACAUGCAAUGACAAUAAAUCUUCUACAGGAAAACAAGGUGAAGAGAAUCAAAUCAAGGGAAAGGGAAAAAACAGAAACGGUGACGAAUCUGUUCAGAGAAAUAUGUCAAACUUGAAUAUCCAUCCUAACACAUCGGGUAUAAAUGCGGAAAACGAUUUAGAUGUAAACAAAAAUAAGAAUAGAUCCACAACAUUUAAAUAUAAUGAUCAUGGAUUAUCUCGGGGUCCGAACUCAAUGCCGGCACUCGGUCCUCAAGGAUAUCAGAGGGAAACGCCGAAAAGCAAUGAAAGCACCUCCCCUAAUAAUGAUGACACAAACGGGCAAUUUUCACAAGAAAAUAAAACAAAUAAAGGUCCUAUAAACACUGAUAAGGAAGGUAAUCGGGAAGUGAACGAGGGAAUGCGUGCAAAAAGAUAUAUACCUGAACAAAAAUCCGUUUUACAAGAUAAUAAGGCACAUUAUUUUCCAGGUUCGAUAUCAAGUCAUCGUACAAGAGCUAAAUCAGAUUUUCUAUCAAAGUCUCUUUCAUUGCCAUAUGGAAUUAGACAGCCUAGGACACAGGAUAUUUCUGCCAAAGAUGAUUUAGAUUUUGUCAAAAAAAUGUCCCCAACAUUUAGCAAUUAUAAUUAUGACUUAUAUGGGGCUUCAAACUCAAACUCGGCACUCAUUUCUUUUGGAAAUAAGAAGAAAUCUUCAAAAAACAAUGGAAGAGCAUCUCCAAGAAAUGAUGACACACACAGGCAAAUUUCACAAGAACAUAAAACAAAUAUUGGUCCUAUAGACACUGAUAAGGAAGGAAAUCGGGAAGUGAACGAGGAAAUGCGUGCGAAAAGAUAUAUACCUGAACAAAAACCUGCUUCACAUGUUAAUAAGGUACAUACCUUUCCAGGCUCGAUAUCAAGUCAUCUUACAAGUGCUUCAUCAGAUUUUCUAUCAAAAUCUCUUUCAUUUUUGCCAUAUGAAAAUAGACAUCCUAGAACACAGGAUAUUACUGCAAAAGAUGAUUUAGAUGUAGUCCAAAAAAUAUCCCCAACAUUUAGAAAUGAUUCAAACUCAAACCCGGCAUUAAUUUCUUUUGGAAAUAAGAAGAAAUCACCAAAUAACAAUGACAGAGCAUCUCAUAGCAAUGAUGGCUCAAACAAGCAAUUUCCACAAGAAAAUUAUUCAGUUAGUGGUCCUACAAGAAAUGAUAAGGAAAGUAACGGUGAAUUUAACGAGGGGAUGAGUGCAAGUAAAGGGUCGGCUUCAGAGGACACAAAGGGAGAAGCCUUCGAGUGA